AUGGAUAAAAUCAUUAGAAAAGUGAAAUCUGUAAGGUACAAUGUCUGGGAAGACUUCAAGAAAUUCAUGUCCCUUCCUGGAUAUAAAUACUAUAAAUCACCCCCAGAACUAAAAUUCAGGUAUCCUGCUCCAGGAAGUGUCCCCAGAACUCAGGAAGAUAAACCAGGUCUCUUCAAGGAUGAUUAUAAGCUUGCCUACACUGACUCAUUAUAUGAUGUCAGAAGAAAGCCAAAAUUUCCCCACCGAUUUGGAGAUGAUCAUGAAUGGUAUCACGUAGGGCCAGCGAAGAAAGAGCUUGAUCCGAAAGAUCCAUAUGAUGCUCAAAUCCUCAAAGGACCUAUCAGGAAUAGAAGACUUGUAGAUGAUAAAGCUACACACAUCGACUCUAAUAAAGUGUUGAGAACUAAUAAAGAUGAAGCGAGAGCACAUUUGAGACAUUUAUUCGCUAGCGCAGCAGCUGAGCGACAUGAGCGUCACGAAGAGCUUCUCGGUCACUCCCUCAACGAACUCGAAGACUACUACAGCCCCCAAUACCUGUGGUUCUACGAACGCGGAGCCACCGGAACCGGAGACGACCCAGUCAUCCAGCACACAUACUUGUCGCUAGAAGACUUGCUUGAAGAAGUCCUCGGCAAAGAACGCAUUGAGACACAGCAGAUGGACAUGUACAAAGGAACUGUCAAGAAGUGGCAGGUGCUUGACGACGAGCAGUUUACAAAGGACCAGGUAGACAAAGUGCAGAGUUCUAUUAAGGCCCCAAUAUCAGACGAACUCAAUCGAUACGAGAAACAAAAUAACAUCAAACAUCCUCUACCAAUCAACAAUGCUAAUGCUUCCCAAUGGAGAGACAAGAAGAGAGCAAUUGACAGCGCUGACUUUAACUCUAAACUUAUUGAAUUUGAGCAAAACCGUCAUGAGAAUUACUUUAUGAAGAGAUAUGAGAGACCAAAGAAGCUUGAAUAAUUCUUCUGAAUAUUGUGCAGAUAGCAAAAGAUUU